CCCAGGGCCUGUUCUCCCUUGCUUUGCCUCACUUGAGUUCUCACCCUGCAGGUGGAGGAUGCUCUUUCCUACCUGGACCAGGUGAAGAUUCGCUUUGGCAGUGACCCUGCCACCUACAACGGCUUCCUGGAGAUCAUGAAGGAGUUCAAGAGCCAGAGCAUUGACACACCUGGAGUCAUCCGACGUGUUUCGCAGCUUUUCCAUGAGCAUCCAGACCUCAUUGUUGGAUUCAAUGCAUUUCUCCCUCUGGGAUACAGGAUAGAGAUUCCAAAGAAUGGGAAAUUAAGUAUACAGUCACCUUUAAAUAAUCAGGUGCCUCCAGAGCCUGUUCCCAGUGCCCUCCCUGGCAGUGGGCUGCUCCUGCACUACUCCCAGGAGAACUCACACAACCACAGUGACUGUUCUGAGGAGUUCAGGCAACAGCUUCCCUACAAAGAAGACAAAUCCCAAAUUCCCUUGGAAUCUGAUUCCGUAGAGUUCAACAAUGCUAUCAGUUAUGUGAAUAAGAUCAAAACACGUUUCCUCGACCAUCCAGAGAUUUACAGGUCCUUCUUAGAAAUUCUUCACACUUACCAGAAAGAGCAGCUGAACACUAAGGGCCGACCCUUCCGCGGCAUGUCGGAGGAAGAAGUGUUUACUGAAGUGGCCAAUCUCUUCCGGGGACAGGAGGAUUUGCUCUCUGAGUUUGGACAGUUCCUCCCAGAGGCUAAAAGGUCUUUGUUCACAGGAAAUGGCCCAUGUGAAGUGAACAGUGUCCAGAAAACUGAACAUGAGAAGAGUCUGGAGCACAGCAAAAAGAGAUCCAGACCACUGCUGCUGCGUCCUGUUUCUGGCCCAGCAAAGAAGAAAAUGAAGCUGAGAGGUACCAAAGACCUGUCGGUGGCGACAGUGGGGAAAUACGGAACGCUGCAGGAGUUCUCCUUCUUUGACAAGGUGCGCAGAGUGCUCAAGAGUCAGGAGGUCUAUGAAAACUUUCUCCGGUGCAUUGCUCUCUUCAACCAGGAGUUGGUCUCUGGCUCUGAGUUGCUCCAGCUUGUUACACCAUUUUUAGGGAAAUUCCCAGAACUCUUUGCACAGUUCAAGUCCUUCCUUGGGGUGAAAGAACUUUCCUUUGCUUCUCCACUGAGUGACCGAUCUGGGGACGGGAUGAGCCGGGAAAUUGAUUAUGCUUCCUGCAAACGCAUUGGCUCGAGCUACCGAGCUCUGCCCAAAACCUACCAGCAGCCAAAGUGCAGUGGAAGAACAGCCAUCUGCAAAGAGGUGUUAAAUGAUACUUGGGUGUCGUUUCCAUCCUGGUCUGAAGACUCCACUUUUGUCAGCUCCAAGAAGACUCCGUACGAGGAGCAGCUGCACCGCUGUGAGGAUGAGCGGUUUGAGUUGGAUGUUGUCCUGGAGACCAAUUUAGCCACAAUCCGUGUGCUGGAGAGCGUGCAGAAAAAACUGUCCCGUCUGACUCAGGAGGAUCAGGAGAAGUUCAGGCUGGAUGAUUGCCUGGGAGGGACGUCGGAGGUGAUCCAGCGCAGAGCCAUCUACCGCAUCUACGGGGACAAAGCCCCAGAGAUCAUCGAGAGCCUGAAGAAAAACCCAGUCACUGCAGUGCCUGUGGUGCUCAAGAGGUUGAAAGCGAAGGAGGAGGAGUGGAGGGAGGCCCAGCAGGGCUUCAACAAGAUUUGGAGGGAGCAGUAUGAGAAAGCCUACCUGAAGUCCCUGGACCACCAGGCUGUCAACUUCAAACAGAAUGACACCAAAGCUUUGCGCUCCAAGAGCUUGCUGAAUGAAAUUGAGAGUGUCUAUGAUGAGCAUCAGGAGCAGCAUUCAGAAGGGAGAAGUUCGUCCACAAAUGAGCCACAUCUUAUCUUUAUCUAUGAAGAUAAGCAGAUUUUGGAAGAUGCAGCAUCUCUUAUCAGCUAUUACGUAAAGAGGCAGCCAACUAUCCAAAAGGAGGAUCAGGCAACCAUCAGACAGAUCGUGCAUCACUUCAUUCCUGAGCUCUUCUUCUCUCAGCCCCCUGAGCACAGCAUUUCUGAGGAAUCAACAGAUGAGGACAGAGAAAACCAUCAGGGGCAGAACCUGGAUACUCCUGAGCUACGGAAAAAACACGUGCCUGGGCCUCCAAGCAGUCCUCUGGAGACCAAAGCAACCUUCUGUGAUGUGACAGCUGCUGAGCCCCACAACACUCUGGAUGAUGUUUACAGCCUCUUCUUUGUCAAUAACAAUUGGUAUUUCUUCCUGCGCCUUCACCAGACUCUGUGCUCGAGGCUCCUCAAGAUUUAUCGCCAGGCUCAGAAGCAGCUCCUGGAAUAUCGGACUGAGAAAGAGAGGGAGAAACUCCUCUGUGAGGGAAGAAAGGAGAAAACCAAUGAUCCAGCCAUGGAGCUAAGGCUGAAGCAACCAAGUGAGGUGGAGCUGGAGGAGUACUACCCUGCAUUCCUGGACAUGGUGAGGAGCCUGCUGGAUGGGAACAUCGACCCGACGCAGUACGAGGACACUCUGCGGGAGAUGUUCACCAUCCACGCCUACAUCGGCUUCACCAUGGACAAACUGGUGCAGAACAUCGUGCGCCAGCUUCACCACCUAGUGAGCGAUGACAUCUGCCUGAAGGUGGUGGAGCUGUACCUGAACGAGCGCAAGAGAGGAGCUGCUGGGGGGAACUUGUCCUCCCGCUGUGUCCGGGCAGCCAAGGAGACCAGCUACCAGUGGAAGGCUGAACGGUGCAUGGCAGAUGAGAACUGUUUCAAGGUGAUGUUUCUUCAGCGAAAGGGACAGGUGAUCAUGACCAUUGAGCUGCUGGAUACAGAAGAAACUCAGACAGAAGAUCCUGUGGAGGUUCAGCACCUGGCUAACUACAUGGAGCAGUAUGUUGGGGUGGAAGGAGNNNGAGCUCUGCCAGCUGAGGGCAGAUAACCAGGAGUGACACAUGCUUUGUCAUCCCUGUUUUGUUGCAGAAACCUGAAGAAGUUUCGCAAGUGGCAGUGCAAGCAGGUGAGAGCUCUGCGCAGCGAGGUGAAGAGCUCCUGGAAGAGGCUGAUCGGGGUGGAAAGUGCCUGCAACGUGGACUGUCGCUUCAAGCUCAACACCCACAAAAUGAUGUUCAUCAUGAACUCAGAGGAUUACAUGUACAGGAGAGGAGCUCUCUGCCGAGCCAAGCAGGUGCAGCCCAUGGUGCUGCUGAAGCACCACCAGCAGUUCGAAGAGUGGCACAAUCGGUGGCUGGAGGAGAACGUGUCCAUGGAGGCUGUGGACGUGGUUCAAGACUGGCUGAUGGGAGAUGAGGACGAGGAGAUGGUGCCCUGUAAAACCACCUGUGAGACAGUGAAUGUCCACGGGGUGCCAGUGAACAGAUACAGGGUGCAGUACAGCCGCCGUCCUGCCUCGCCCUGA